CCCUUCUGCAAGUCCCGCGCGCCUUCCUCCUUUCUAGCAGAGGAAGUGUGUGGCCGGUUUAGCAACUGCUGUUCUUCUUGAUAGCCUGGGUCUCUCUACACCCGCGGAGGCCUGGCAACCUGCUCACUGUGCCGAAGCUACAGCAGCUGAUGGAGAGACGGUGACGGCGCUCCUGGCAGGCCCUUGGCAGCUACUCCCAGGGGAGACCAUGCCCAGCUUGUGAAGGCUUCGAGCAUCUUCGACAGCCCAGGGAGACAGAGCGAUGGGAAACAGUAUGCGAUCCACCCCAGCACCUCCCGAGAGGCCUGUGCCCAGCCCAGAUGGACUGGAUAGCGACUUCCUGGCCGUGCUGAGUGAUUAUCCAUCUCCUGACAUCAGCCCCCCCAUAUUCCGCCGAGGGGAGAAACUACGAGUGAUUUCUGACGAAGGGGGCUGGUGGAAAGCCAUUUCCCUUAGCACUGGUCGAGAGAGUUAUAUUCCUGGAAUAUGUGUGGCCAGAGUUUACCACGGCUGGCUGUUUGAAGGGCUGGGCAGAGACAAGGCAGAGGAGCUGCUCCAGCUGCCAGACACGAAGAUGGGCUCCUUCAUGAUCCGAGAGAGUGAGACGAAGAAAGGUUUUUAUUCUCUCUCGGUGAGACACAGGCAGGUGAAGCAUUACCGCAUCUUUCGCCUGCCGAACAACUGGUAUUACAUCUCCCCGAGGCUCACCUUCCAGUGCCUGGAGGACCUGGUGAAUCACUAUUCCGAUGGAAAGAAAUAG